UCAGAUAAACUUGAAAUUUUUAAAAAUAUAAUUUUUGUAGUAUACUGGUCAACCCGUGUAAAGUUCAAGUCAAACAGUUCAUAAUUUUAGACUACAGAGAGAUCGGACCUUUCCUAAAAUUACACAAUUUAAAUACAAGUAGUUGGUUCUUUCGUGUAACUGCCAUCAUCGCCACUAGCUCUAUUUUUGUUUUUUAAUUUUGUGCAGCCACCGCAGCGCUAGAUAUCGAUAAGUAAUCAAUAACAAAAAUACUAUAAAAUGUUAUCCUAGUCUAUUUCACACCACCGGCGAACUUCGGCGGUCUUGUGUCAGUAUCAUUAGUAUCAUUGAGUUUUGUUUGCACACCACAUUUCCAAUACCUAAAAUAAUUCAAUUAAAUUGACGAAUUAAAAUACACUCACUGUCAACAGAGAACCGAAAGAAAUAUAUUAUAACAAUUUAUUUUAAAUGCGUGUACUUGAUAUAUUAUGAUGGACGUUAGAGACGAAAAUAACUAUGUUUUCAACAUUUGGUUGGCUAAACGUAUAAGUUUAUAUCAAAUUUUGAAUACUCAAACUAAAAUAAUUUACGGAAAAAACGUCUACCAUAUUGUCAUUUCAUUCAUAGCACUGUAUUGUUGUGUCAUUUCGAUCAUGUUCUAUGUUAGUGGUGUGUACUAUUGGACGAACAACAUGACCACAAGCAUAGACUAUUUUUGGAGAGCGGAAAUCGUGAUGUUCUUGGUGUACAAGUUGUGGAUCAUUGUCCAUUAUUCAAACGAUAUAUGGAACUGUUUGUCGGUGACUUGGUAUGGUUUUACAUCAUCAUUCAACUUCCGGAGGAGACAUGUACUGGACCGUUGGCGAAAACGUUCAAUGAGGUUUUCGACCUUGUUUUUCUUCAUGGAUUUGUUUUGCCUCAUCAGUUACAUGGGCAUCACACAGGCAUUCCGUAAUGAAAUAACACCGGUGAAAAAUCGCGACGGUUCGGUCGGAUAUUACCGAGAGAAUAUAUUGAAUUUGUAUAUAAUUGUAUCUGACGAAACGUACAAUACAUAUUAUAAUACGUUUUUCUUUGCCGAAGCGUUGUUGACCGUCUCUCUAGCAACGUUCUUCCUCUUAUUCGAUAUGGUUUUGGUUACCUUGUGCUUUGCUAUUUGCGGUCAGAUAGAAAUGAUUAAAUCUGCUUUUGAAUCAGUUGGACAUAAAUCGAUUCGCGAACCUCGUUCCCCAAUUGGUCAUAUCUUAGAUGGAAAAAAAAAUAUAUCUAACAAACAGGAUUUAAUUUAUGAUGAUUUAAAAACAAUUAUAAUGGAUCACCAAAAAGUUAUGAAGAAAUAUGAAGAUUUUUUAGCUCUAUUUGGGAAAGCAAUGUUGUUACACAUUUUUGUUUCAUCGCAAUCACUCAUCUUAAUUUGUCUUAUUUCUAUAAUGAUGUUAUCUGGCGUGGAUAAUUUUAUAUCUUCGGAUCUUACAACAGUAAAAAUGUUAUGCCUAAUCCCUUCGUUCUCCUUUCAGAUAUUUAUGGUGUGUUAUUUAUUUGGAAAUUUACACAAUCAAAAAGAUUCAGUAAUAUUUUCAUUGUACAGCAGUAAUUGGACGGAAAUGGAUAUGAAGUGUAAAAAACUGAUAUUAUUAACAAUGCAAAUGAAUAAUGCUAACUAUAAAAAGUUAAGAUUCACUAGAACAAAAAUUGUAAACUUGGAAAUGUUUUUUAAGACAGUGGGUGAUUGCUAUACAAUUUUAUCAGUAUUGGUAAAUUAUAUGAAAAGCAAAUAUGAAUGAUUUAAGAUCCAUAGCAGAG